UUCAUGCGACGCUGCUGUCAUGGCUCUGUUUCCAGCUUUUGCAGGAGAAGCGACUAACAAAGAUGAAGAUUUGUCCAAAGAAUUAGACUGGCUGAAAAAUAAGAGUUUCCAGACCAGUGAGGCUCUCACUCUUCAUAAUCGAUUUGUUGAGAAGACAAGUGAGAGGCAGAACCAGAAGGAGUCGAGUGUUGGUAGAGAUGUAAGCUCUGCAGAGCAGGAGGAGGAAGAAGAGAGUAACGUACCACCAAAAAAGAAAAAGAAGAAGAGUGAAAAGAAGAAGAAAAAGAAGAAGAAACACAAAAAGAAAAGUGGAAGAUAUUCUGGCAGCAGUGGGUCUGACUCUGACACAGUUUACCCCAGUGACCUCAAAAGAGAAGAAGAGGAAGAUUGUCCCAAACCUACUCCAUUAGCGAGUUGUUUCUCUUGGUUGGAUGACCUCCAGACGCCCACAGGGCAGGCUUUCUGUGUCGACCGCAAAGCAGACCCAGCCAACUGGACAUACAAGUCCCUGUACAGGGGAGACGUAGCCAGGUAUAGGAGGAAAGGCAGCUCAUCCUUGGGUCUGAACUCUCACAGACAGGGAGUCAGCUGGGAGGAGUCCGAGUCAAAUAAGAAACAGAAAGGCGGGGACAAGAAGAAAGGAGCAGACAGAUACUUCUCUACUGUCAGUCGCCAGCUGCUGAGGUCCGAGCCUCCUGUUCCUGCAAUACCAACUGUUCCUGAGUGCAGUGAUGGCAUCAGUGCCAUCCCCUUCCUCCCACUGUGUGAGGAGAAAAAAGGAGGACAGACAGGUGACAGAGUGCAGACAUCAUCAGUCAAUCCCCUGGGUGUGUAUGACUCCUCCACGGCCCUCUGGCUGCAGGGGAAGGGACUGCAGGACCAGACAGAGCAGCAGAAGGAGGACACACAGAAGGAGAAGGGUGAAGUGCUGCUGGCUGGGAGGACUGAAGAUUUUAACAGGCGACUCAGAGAGCAGCCGGCAGACACACAGCUUUGGAUAGAAUUCAUCAGAUACCAGGAUGAACUGACUGCAACAGCAUUUGGAGGUGAGGAGGAACAACAGGGCAGUGAUGUGGCUGAGCGUCGCAAGUCCUCUUACAGAGCAGUCCUGGAGAAAAAACUAAGCAUCGCAGAGCGUGCAGUUGCUGUCAACCCGAGCUGCGUAGAUCUGCAGCUGGAGAGGCUCAGGAUCUGCAAAGAGCUGUGGGAGCCCUCGCUACUAGCUAAAGAAUGGAAGAAACUGGUGUUCCUCCACCCAAACAGUACCUCCCUGUGGAAAAAGUACCUUCUGUUCACCCAGAGCUACUUCAGCAACUUCAGCGUGUCAAAGGUCAACUCAGCUUAUGGGAAGUGUCUCAGUACACUCAGCGCUGUACGUGAUGGCAGCAUGGUCUCUCAUACGGCUCAGCCAGGGAUCGAGGAGGACAUGCUGGAUAUUUUGACCCUGCAGUGUCACUUCCUGCGUCAGGCUGGUCACUGUGAGAAGGCCAUCUCUCUGUUUCAGGCAAUGAUGGACUUUACCUUCUACAAACCGGAUAGUGUACAAAAACUGUCCACUAAGCAGCAGGUUGAGUUCUUUGAGCCGUUCUGGGACAGCGGGGAGGCGAGAGUUGGGGAGGUUGGGGCCCGAGGUUGGAAAGCCUGGAUGCAACAACAAGAGCGAGGAGGGUGGUUACAACCUAAUGCAGAGGAAGAUGAGGAGGAGGAAGAGGAGGAGGAGGAGGUAAAGGAUCGGAGCCAGCCCAGAUGGACGGUUUGGUUAGACGUGGAGACGUCUCGUGAAGCAGCUCACUGGCUGCCCUGGAGGCCUGACAAAACCAAGGGCCAAUCAGAAGAGGACUGUGAGGAUCCUGACAGACAGGUGUUGUUUGAUGACAUCGGUUCGUCCCUGAUUUGUCUCUCUUCACCAGAGCUCCAACUCCGUCUUCUGCUCCGUUUCUUUUCAUUCUUGGGACUGCCUGUAGACUCUGUGCUCUCUGAUGCCCCCUGCCAACCGGGCCUGCUCCUGGAGAACCUUUCAGUACUCACUCAGGGUAAUGAGCUCUGCCAUCCUCUGACAUCCAGCAACCUACCUGACCUUGGUGUCAACUCUGUAGGUCACAUGACUACUCUCCAGGGAACGAGGAAGUGGAUAGGGCUUGGGAAACUGGGGGAAAAGUUUGUCACCUAUGUUUUCAGCAUGAUCCAACCUGUUGUUCCUGCCCAGCACCGGGCCGUCCUGUCUCUCAGUUGGAUGCAGUAUGAGAAACUCAAGGUCUUGCGUUGUCUGCGUUGCAGCAACAAAAAGCGCCUUCGCUCUCAGGGCAAGAGCAGCAAACGGAUCGCAAAGCAGCUCCUCAAAGAAUCGGACAACCGCUCGUCGUUGGUGCUGUGGCGGGAGUACGGACACUUGGAGUCGAUGCUGGGCAACUUGGAUGAGGCUCGUAAAGUCUUCUCCACAGCCUCAGCUUUAGGGGGAGCCAAGGGGCUGAGGAGCGCCUCCCUGUGUGAGCUGUGUCUGCUGUGGGCCCAGCUGGAGGUGGAGAACAAGGAAGGCUCACCAGGAGGAGGACUCUCUGAUGUCACCACAUCCCUAGCUGUGUGUGUGCUAACCAGGCUCGCAGCGGAAGGAGCCUCCUCAUCGUCCUCAUCCUCUGAGUCCCUGUCUCCAGUUUCCAUUCUGAAAGCCAGGAGGACUUAUGAGCAGACUCUAACAGCUGUCCUGUCAGGCCUCGACCAAAACACCCAAAACCUUGAGGCCAACAGAAAAGAAGAGGACCUGCUUGGAGAGAAGCUGCGGCUGAGAGGUCUGGUGGGCUGCUACGCUCUGUUCCAGUACCUCACGAUGGGAAUCCAAGCAGCUAACCUCGUCUAUAGCCAGGCCAUAGAGCGGAUGGAGGAGCUGCACCGCACGCUGAAACUUGGCCAUGAGAAAACUGAGCUUCCUAGCCAGUCGGCGGGUGAUUCCAGUCACACUAACCGGCGCUGUGUGAACAGGCUAGCUUCAGAGUGUGAGGAAAUAGCAGUGCAGCAGGCAGCAUUGCUUCGGUACCACAACAGCAUCAAUGUGUUUCCACUGGCAACACUGAGACAGAUGCUGACCUCUUCGCUCUCCACCUGGUCCAGCAGCGCCCCUCUGUGGAGAAUAUACAUACAGGUGGAGAACCGUUACCACAGUGCUGGACGGGCGCGUCGUUUCUUUCACUCUGUAACCAGGAACAACUGUAAGGUGCUGCCACGCCUCUUUUCUGUUGUUGCUGAACAACAAAGGAAGCUGCUGGUUGAUGCUGCUCAGAGAUCUUGUUGCCAUGACGCUGCCUUGCCCAUCCUGCCAGAGAACGGCCUCAGCAACCGUAUCCAUGGACUGUUUGAGAACGCUAUAGCAACAGAGCUUGGUUCUCACUGUCCUUUACUUUGGAGGAUGUACAUGAACUUCCUGGCGUCUGAAGGGAGGGUGGAUAAAGCCAAAGGGAUCUUUUACAAGGCCUUACAGAAUAUCCCAUGGGCUAAGGGUUUGUACAUGGACGCAGUGCAGCUGUUCCCCGUGCAUCUCCAGGAGUUUGUAGAUCUGAUGACAGAGAAGGAACUCCGUCUUCGACUGCCUCUAGAAGAACUGGAUAUACUACUGGAGGACUGAAUACACACACACACACACCUCUCAUUCAAGAGCUGGAGUUUACUCUCCUGACAACAUGACAACCCACAAAUUGACACUCUUGAUGUGAUCCAGAGCAGGACAGACACACAGCUGCAGUGUUAAAUAGGGAAGUUGCAGUGAUCUCUAAAGUUUGUUGCACAAUGACUGUUGAUUUAUUUUUACAAUAAGCAGCUUUUGAUAUUUAAUUAAAAGCCAAUGUCAAUAAAUAGAUGAUUUUCAUUUA